GUGGCGUUGAACUCGAUUCGCAGGCGCGGCCGACCGCGCGGUCCCGUUCGACGACUCGGUUCGCUUUGCGCUUCUCGAGAGACGGGCAAGGACAGCACGGGAUAUUGCGUGAUGAAUCGCACGACUUGGUGUAAUGGGUGCGUAAGCGAGACGAGCGCGCUGAGCGGGCCGCUGCACAACCCCAGAAGCGCGCGUCCGACGCCCGCGAUGGGCUCGGCGAUUCGCGGCGCCAUUUCGGGCUCCGCCGUCACCGCCGCGGACGCCAUGAGAUCGAUCCCAAUCUCGCUCAAUCCCGCACCGAGGUACAAAAACACAAACAAACUGUGCGUCCACUCGCACGCGUGGCUAAAAGUCGCGAGCGAGCGGAAGAACCGAUUCCCCUUUCUGAUCUCUCGGUUGGCCCAAAUCCGCGCCUCGUUCGCCGACACCACGGGCACCAACUGCCUCGGCCUCGUCAGCGUCUCCGCGUCGUCCCCCCCGAGCACCGUAUUCAACACCGUUCGCAGCGCGAACUUCGCGUACUGCUCCACGCGAUCGUGCGCGCACGGCGAGAACCACUGCGCCAGCCUCGCCGCCGCCGGCGCCUUGGCCAACGCGAACGUCUCCCCGCACACCCGACACGCGUUCUCCUCCACGCCGUGCGUGCGCAGCGACACGCGCUGCCACCGCCUGAGACAGUGCACGUGUACGAACGCCGCCGUUCCCGCGCACGCGCACGGGCUCACGAGAUCGCCGCGCGGCUCGAAGCAAAAUCGACAACUCGGCCGCGCGGCUUCGUCGCCGUCCUCGUCGCCGUCGUCCUCCUCGUCCUCCAUCGCCGUCGUCGCCGCCGUCUUCGCGCUCGCGCGCGCGCUCGACGUUCGUCGACGUCCCUCCGCGCUCGCGAACCACCGUCUCGCGCGCGCGUCGUCGUCGCCGUCGUCGUCGUCGUCGCCGUCGCGAAUUCUGUCGAGCGCGCGCUCGUCAACCUCGAGCGCGAGCGCGAGCGCGUCCCGCGCGCGCCGCGACGCCGCGGCGCGCUCGCGAUCGGCGCGCGCCUUGACCGCGCACGCCGCGCACGCGACGAGCGCGAGCGGGAGCAUGGCGCGCGCGAGUCGGUGCCGUCACACGUCGACGUGUGACGGCACGCGCGCGCGCGGCGCUCGCCGCGCGAUGCGGCGACGACGGCGCUCGCGCGCGCGCGCGCGCGCGGUGGUCAUCGCGUGCGUCGUCGCCGCGCUGUGCGCGGGGUGCGAGGUGCGCGCGCGACGCCGCGGGCGCGCGAAGGCGACGUCGCGAACAUCGUUGACGCGACGACGAACGACUGACGACGACGACGCGACGACGGGGGCUCGCGACGCGCGCAGGGCGCGAGCGGGAAUAAAAAACGACGGCAGCGCGCGCACCGCGCGAAUUCGCUCGAUCGAGAGCUGUCGGUGA